AUGUUUCUGCAGUAACCUGCCAAACCAAACCUCAACUGUGCUCAGGUUAACUGUAAUUGAGGGAAUGGAGGGAGCCUCUCAGUCAUUAAUCCAUUAGUAGGCUACUAAAGAUUCUGCACUCCUCCCUCACACACACAGCUCUACCGUUCGUUUUUUCCAUCAUGGCUCCCUCAACAGACAGACUGGGAUAUUGGGGGCGACCAACCUCAACGCUGGAUUGGUGUGAGGAGAAUUAUGUCGUCUCUUUCUACAUCGCAGAAUUCUGGAACACUGUCAGUAACCUGAUUAUGAUCCUGCCUCCUAUCUACGGUGCCAUCCAGACGUAUAAAGACGGCCUAGAGUACCGCUACGUCUACUCCUUCCUUGGACUGGCAGCUGUUGGCAUUGGCUCCUGGUGCUUCCAUAUGACGCUGCAAUAUGAGAUGCAGUUGCUGGACGAGCUGCCAAUGAUCUACAGCACCUGUGUCUUUGUCUACUGUCUAUAUGAAUGCUUCAAGCAAAAAAACACUCUGGGUGUAUUCCCUAUCAUGUUGUUAUUCAUCUUCAGUGUCUCAGUCAGUGUGGUGUAUUUACAAUGGAAAGAGCCAGUCUUUCACCAGGUCAUGUAUGGUGCACUUGUAGCAUGCUUGGUGAUGCGCUCUAUCUUCAUAGUUACAUGGGUGUACCCCUGGCUCAAACCUCUGUGUUACAUCUCCCUGAGUGUCUUUCUGCUGGGGUUCAUGUUGUGGAACAUUGAUAAUCUGGCCUGUGACUCACUCAGAUCCACCAGACAGAAACUGCCCUCUGUUGUUGGGGCGGUGACACAGUUCCAUGCCUGGUGGCACAUCCUCACAGGCCUGGGCUCCUACGUACACAUUCUCUUCAGCCUCCAGAUAAGGUCAACCUUUCUCAAACACAGACCAAAAGUAAAGUUCCUAUGUGGAGUGUGGCCAAUGUUGCACAUUGAGGCACAAAAGACUAGCUGAGUGACUGGGGACCAUGAAGGAUGGUGACUGCCAUUAAACAGGCAUCAGUACAGAGACCUGAUCUGCCAGUCUACCAACCCCCCUCUGCUGUCUAUGGGACAUAUGCACCCCACUACCAGAGGGCAGCCAGGCUACACCCCAACCUACCACUCCGGGGACCCUUUGGUUCUGCACUGUGACGAUUUGCCAAGUACAGUAUAGCACUGAGAGUCUUUAUGGAAUUAUCAGAUUUUUCACUUUCAUCUAUCAACAUAUAGUUAAUUAUUAGAUUUUGGUGGUGAUGUUGUAGUGACAUUUUGUUUAAAUUUACUCUAACAUAUUUCUUGGAAUAUGGAUACCGCAAUUUUUUUAUAUAUAUAAAUCAUACUAGUGUAUCUAUUAGAGGUCGACCGAUUAUGAUUUUUCAACGCAGAUACCGAUUAUUGGAGGACCAAAAAAAAGCCGAUACCGAUUAAUCGGCCGGCUAAUUUUUUACAAUUUGUAACAAUGACAAUUACAACAAUACUGAAUGAACACUUAUUUUAACUUAAUAUAAUACACCAAUAAAAUCAAUUUAGCCUCAAAUUAAAUGAAACAUGUUCAAUUUGGUUUAAAUAAUGCAAAAAAAAAAGUGUUGGAGAAGAAAGUAAAAGUGCAAUAUGUGCCAUGUAAAAAAGCUAACGUUUAAGUUCCUUGCUCAGAACACGAGAACAUGUGGUUCCUUUUAACAUGAGUCUUCAAUAUUCCCAAUAUUCCCAGGUAAGAAGUUUUAUGUUGUAGUUAUUAUAGGAAUUAUAGGACAAUUUCUCUAUACGAUUUGUAUUUCAUAUACCUUUGACUAUUGGAUGUUCUUAUAGGCACUUUAGUAUUGCCAGUGUAACAGUAUAGCUUCCAUCCCUCUCCUCGCUCCUACCUGGGCUCGAACCAGGAACACAUCGACAACAGCCACCCUCGAAGCAGCGUUACCCAUGCAGAGCAAGGGGAACAACCACUCCAAGUCUCAGAGCGAGUGACGUUUGAAACGAUAUUAGCUCGCACCCUGCUAACUAGCUAGCCAUUUCACAUCGGUUACACCAGCCUAAUCUCGGGAGUUGAUCAGCUUGAAGUCAUAAACAGCUCAAUGCUUGAAGCGUUGCGAAGAGCUGCUGGCAAAACGCACAAAAGUGCAGUUUGAAUGAAUGCUUACGAGCCUGCUGGUGCCUACCACUGCUCAGUCAGACUGCUCUAUCAUAUCAUAGACUUAGUUAUAACAUAAUAACACACAGAAAUACGAGCCUUUGGUCAUUAAAAUGGUCGAAUUCGGAAACUAUCAUCUCGAAAACAAGACGUUUAUUCUUUCAGUGAAAUACUGAACCGCUCCGUAUUUUAUCUAACGGGUAAGUCUAAAUAUUCCUGUUACAUUGCACAACCUUCAAUGUUAUGCCAUAAUUAUGGGAAAUUCUGGCAAAUUAGACGGCCCAAACUGUUGCAUAUACACUGACUCUGCGUGCAAUGAACAUAAGAGAAAUGACAAAAUUUCUUUUAGCUAAAUAUGCAGGUUUAAAAAUAUAUACUUCCGUGUAUUGAUUUCAAGAAAGGCAUUGAUGUUUAUGGUUAGGUACAGUCGUGCAACGAUUGUGCUUUUUUCGCUAAUGCGCUUUUGUUAAAUCAUCCCCCUGUUUGGCGAAGUUGGCUGUCUUUGUUAGGAAGAAAUAGUCUUCACAGAGUUCGCAACGAGCCAGGUCACACAGUUCCUAACGAGUCAUGUUAGUUGGUAAUAUUAACUAAAUAUGCAGGUUUAAAAAUAUAUACUUGUGUAUUGAUUUUAAGAAAGGCAUUGAUGUUUAUGGUUAGGUACACAUUGGAGCAACGACAGUCCUUUUUCACAAAUACGCACCGCAUUGAUUAUAUGCAACGCAGGACACGCUGGUAAUGCUAGUAAUAUCAUCAACCAUGUGUAGUUAACGAGUGAUUAUGAUCGAUUGAUUGUUUUUAUAAGAAGUUUAAUGCUAGCUAGCAACUUACCUUGGCUUCUUACUGCAUUCACGUAACAGGCAGGCUCCUCGUGGAGUGCAAUGUAAGGCAGGUGGUUAGAGUGUUGGACUAGUUAACUGUAAGGUUGCAAGAUUGAAUCCCCGAGCUGACAAGGUAAAAAUCGUUCUGCCCCUGAACAAGGCAGUUAACCCACCGUUCAUAGGCUGUCAUUGAAAAUAAGAAUGUGUUCUUAACUGACUUGCCUAGUUAAAUAAAGGUGUAAACUGUUUUUUUUAAAUGGCCAAAUCGGUGUCCAAAAAUACUGAUUUCCGAUUGUUAUGAAAACUUGAAAUCGGCCCUAAUUAAUCGGCCAUUCUGAUUAAUCGGUCGACCUCUAGUAUCUAUUUUAACAUUCAAUAUAAUACCUUAGCAUAUUCACAAACCAUAAUAACGUCAGGUAUUCUGCAUUAGCUGGCUGUAUGUCAUGGUUGUGUUUAGACCUGGGAACUGUUUGUUACCCAUCCAUCCUCCUCUGAGGGAAUCUGGUCUAGAUGAUGCAGUGUGUAGGUCACAGACGGGACUGAAACAGGGACACAGGAAAAGGUUUGAUAUCAAUUAUCUUGUCCAUUUCUUUCCUCUGCAAGGGAUUGGUCACACAGGAAAACUCUGACUUCAAUAUUUGAUUUAUGCCAAGUGUGGAUCUGCAUUGCAAAAUCUGAAGUUGCUCUGCUCUGUGUUUUUGAUGAUUUACUUUAAUAUUAUUAACAAAUCACAGGGAUAUGAUACAAUUUCAUCGAAGGAUUGGUCCACUGCACAAAAUUCAGUACCAUUUAUAUCAUAGUGGGAAUUCCACAUGGUCAUUAUUUUCAUGUGUACUAUUACAAAAAAAGUGUAUUUCCCAACGCAAAAUAUCAUAAAGGCUUACCUAAAAUACAUACACUACCGUUCAAAAGUUUGGGGUCACUUAGAAAUGGCCUUGUUUUUGAAAGAAAAACACAUCUUUUGUCCAUUAAAAUAACAUCAAAUUGAUCAGAAAUACAGUGUAGACAUUGUUAAUGUUGUAAUGUUCUAUUGUAGCUGGAAACAGCAGAUUUUUUAAAUGGAAUAUCUACAUAAGCGUACAGAGGCCCAUUAUCAGCAACCAUCGCUCCUGUGUUCCAAUGGCACAUUGUGUUAGCUAAUCCAAGUUUAUAAUUUUAAAAAGGCUAGUUGAUCAUUAGAAAAACAUUUUUGCAAUUAUGUUAGCACAGCUGAAAACUGUUGUGCUGAUUAAAGAAGCAAUACAACUGGCCUUCUUUAGACUAGUUGAGUAUCUGGAGCAUCAGCAGUUGUGGGUUCGAUUACAGACUCAAAAUGGCCAGAAACAAAUAACUUUCUUCUGAAACUCAUUAGUCUAUUCUUGUUCUGAGAAAUGAAGGCUAUUCCAUGUGAGAAAUUGCCAAGAAACUGAGAUCUCGUACAACGCUGUGUACUACUCCCUUCACAGAACAGUGCAAACUGGCUCUAACCAGAAUAGAAAGAGGAAUGGGAGGCCCCUCUGCACAACUGAGCAAGAGGACAAGUACAUUAGAGGGUCUAGUUUGAGAAACAGAUGCCUCACAAGUGCUCAACUGGAAGCUUCAUUAAAUAUGACCCGCAAAACAACAGUCUCAACGUCAACAGUGAAGAGAAAAAAAAAAACAGUGAAGAGGCGACUCCAGGAUGCUUGGCUUCUAGGCAGAGUUGCAAAGAAAAAGCCAUAUCUCAGACUGGCCAAUAAAAAGACAAUAUUAAGAUGGGCAAAGGAACACAGACACUGGACAGAGGGCAGAGGAACUACACGUAUAUGUCUACACUGUAUUUCUGAUCAAUUUGAUGUUAUUUUAAUCUACAAAAAAAAUAUAUUUUCUUUCAAAAACAAGGACAUUUCUAAGUGACCCCAAACUUUUGAAUGGUAGUGUUUAUCAGCACAAGCUUUGAUGUUGCUGUCAAAACAAGGAAUGAGGGAUGAGAAAAUAGUGUUUUGACUGACCACUGACCCUGACUAAAUAAUUUGGAGUGGUUUGUUUUUGGAUGGAUUUGUCAAUUGAUAUCUAUACUUUGUCUUAGCAAUGAAUACAGGCAUCUGCAUGUCUGCAAUAUUUAAAUGAUUAGCAUUGUCCCGUAUUAUCCCACACACAUUUGCCUGAAGGAUGACACUUUUGAACCUGUUAGUAUCUACUGUACUGCUCAGUUCAUGCAUAUCUUUUCGAAUGGCCACUAGAUGGCAUGGAUUGCCAUAUUUCAGUUUCAGGUUAUGUUCAUUUGCCAAAGGAUCCUGUCCUGUGAAAGGUUUGCCUGCUAAACACCCUCCAGUUUUAUUUGCUUAACUCUUACGGGUCACAAAUGUAAACAUAUUGGGGAAAUACUGUAGCUCACAAUGCAGCAUUUUGGGGAUGUGGCUAUGUGAAACUUCAUGUGACUUUGAUCUUCAAAUGUGAAAAUGUAAUGUACUUAUGUAUGGGAAUAAUAUAUAUGUCUCUUAAGUAAUGGAAUAACACAGAUAUGAAGUGAAUACAGAGUGUGAUACAAGAACCCACUAACCUUAUGGAUUACCUGAACUGCUACAUGCUCAGACAUUGUGACACAUGCAUAUCAGUGUUUUGAUUAGGGUUACAUUCGCAUGGUCUUUGUUCUCAAACCUUAGAUUAGGUUACAAUAAUGUUUAUAUGUUCAGCAGCACCAUAUGAAGGAGAGAUAAGUAGUCAUUUAGAAAUUACAAUGUAUUUAAUGACCUUAAAUCACUGCUUGUAAAAGUUGGAAGGUGGACGGUUAUUACUGAUAAAAGGCGCCUUGUUUCAAGUGACCUUGAUGUUCACGAUCAAUCUAAACUGCUUAAAUAAAAUCCCCUGUGUGUUUUAGGAA